AUGUCACUAAUUUAUCCUCUUAUUGCUAUACGUCAAAUUGUUUAUUAUCUAAUGGAACGAUGUUCUUCCAGAGAAUUUCGUCAAUCACUAAUCAAAAUGUGUUUUUUUCUUCUUCUUUCAUUGUUUACAACGAUUAUUAUUAAUAUUCUAUUACCUAUAUUUAUUUUAAAAAUAUCUCCGUUAUCAAUUUCAUCAUCAUCAUCACCGUUUAGUUUACUAAUACCAAGUCAUAUUUUUCAUUCAUCAGACAUUACAUCGUUACAGUAUUUUUGCGAACAGCAUCAUGAUCUGCAAACUGAUUAUCAACGACAAGAUUUAUUAGAAAAAACACUAAAAUAUACGAAAGAUCAUUCUCAACAAAAAAAUAUUUCUUCUGAUCUACGCCAAGAAGCUGAAGCGGCUCUUCAUUUGGCUCUUCAUUUAGUUCGAUCGAAUAAAUUUGAAAAAGCACGAAAAGUCUUUGAACGUGCAUUAACUCUUGAUCCAUAUAAUUCUGAAAUUCUUAUUGAAUAUGGACAAUUUCUUGAACAUCAUCACAAAGAUUUAAUAAAUGCUGAACAUUUCUAUACAAUUGCACUUACUAAACAACCGACUCAUCGUCGAGCAUUACAAUUAAAAAAAUGUACAUUACCAUUAGUUGAAGAAAUCGAUCAGAAAUAUUUUAAUUUCAUCGAUAAUCUUCUCAAAGAAUUUUAUCGAAUAUCAGAUAAAAAUCCGUAUUUAAGACGAGCAAAACGUGACGCUUAUUAUUUACACAUAUAUCAUUCUAAUGGUAUUGAAGGAAAUACAUUAAGCCUUCGUGAAACACAAUAUAUUAUCGAUACACGUUUGGCUAUUGACGGCAAAUCUCUUACCGAACAGCAAGAAGUUCUUGGUCUUGAUUUAGCUUUACAGUAUGUGAAUUGUACAUUAGUAAAUCGUCUUGGUGCAAUUACACUUGAUGAUAUAAGUGAAAUUCAUCGUCGCGUUCUAGGCUUUGUUAAUCCUAUUGAAGCUGGACAAUUGCGUAAACAUGAAGUUUAUGUUGGUUCAUUAAUGCCACCCUCAGCAAAUGAAGUUAUUGAAUAUCUUGACGAUUUUUUCACAUGGCUAAAUUCAUUAGAAGAUACACGUGAUCUUCAUGCUAUUGAAUUCGCUGCGAUAGCACAUUACAAAUUUGUUUAUAUUCACCCAUUUAGUGAUGGUAAUGGUCGAACUGGUCGUUUAUUAAUGAAUUUAAUUUUAAUGAAAUCAGGUUUUCCACCAGUGAUUAUUAAAAAAUCUGAACGCUUUAUUUAUUAUUCAUAUUUAAAUCAAGCUAACGAUGGCGAUGUUCGACCAUUCAUACGUUUCAUAGCAAAAUGUACAGAAAGAACGUUAAAAGAAUUUAUGCAUCAAGCACUACCAAUAAGAUACGCUGGGCAGAAAUUACGAUUAAAUGAUGAUAAUGAUAAUGGAAGAAAUUUUAUUGAAGAACGAGUGAUUAUAGUGGAAUAG